AUGCGCAAUUUGCGAAAUGUCUGGCUGCGGGAAACGCAAAUCCAGAGUGACCUGCCUCUGACGGCUACCGCUUGGGAUAUCUCGUCGGACUCGGUCGUGUGCACCUUUGGUCCAACGGAGCAGAGCCCUAUCAUCGAGCUGCGGAGGAAGCGUCCUGAUACUCAGACUGAUGACCCGGCCGAUCAUCCUCUGAGCCGCGAUGCGUUCGACUGUCUGGCCUCUUGGGAUGCCCCAUCUCCAUUGCCUGAUCUUCCAUGUGAUCGAAUUCUGUCAUUGCAUUACUUUGCUGACAACCUGACGGCAUGUCUAGUGCUGGAGGGUGGUGAUAUUAUCAUGGUCCGCGAGGAGCCCCUCCCCGGAGAGGAUAAGAUUGAAAUCCUGGGCUCAGUGGAUGUCGGAAUCAGUGCGGCUGCAUGGUCUCCAGAUGAGGAGUUACUGGCUAUCACAACCCGAGCUCGUACACUUCUGUACAUGACGAGAGAGUUCGAAAAUGUAGCCGAGAUCACACUCACCGAGGCUGAUCUCCAGGCUUCCCAGCAUGUCUCAGUCGGCUGGGGUAAGCGAGAGACUCAGUUUCAAGGAAAGAGAGCAAAGGCUCUUCGAGAUCCCACUGUACCAGAGAAGGUGGAUGAGGGAAAAUUGAGCAGCAACGAUGAUGCUGCCACCACAAUCACCUGGCGAGGUGACGGCGCGUACGUUGCUGUGAACAGCAUCGAAGAAGGUGCUCGCCGUGCGAUUCGAGUAUACUCAAGAGAAGGUACCCUUGACAGCGCAUUCAACGACUGGAUGAUCGAAUUGAUGUUGUUUUCUUCGAGCGCAAUGGAUUGCGCCACGGCCAGUUUACUUCUCCGUCUCACCGAGGAGGAAAGACUAUCUUGGGGAUCACAAAUCCUUCUUUCAUGGAACAUCGAUUCGACUGUGCUGGCCGUUCGCUUCAGAGAUCGAGUUCAGCUCUGGACUACAGGCAAUUACCACUAUUAUCUCAAGCAGGAGAUCCCCAUUAUUGUUGACCCACGACUGUCUAUCCCUUUCUCCUUUGAGUGGCAUCAAGAGAAAGCAUUGCGAGUAGUCGCAGGCUCGUCUGACUCUAUUCUGGAUCUGGAAUACGCUUUCGAUCUCAAUCAUGGCUCUACUGUCAUCCCUAAUGAUGUCGGUGCUGUGGCUGUGAUGGAUGGGCAAACCCUGAAGUUGACUCCUCUCCGUCUGGCUGGAGUACCGCCUCCAAUGGCGCAUAAUGAGUUGAAGUUGGACUCCAAUGCCAUUGAUGUUGCAUUCAGCCAGUCCGGCACUAGGAUCGCAGUUCUCAUGAAAGAUGCCUUCUCGGUCUUCUUGUGGUCUUUGAAGAGCCGCCCAGUUCCUGUACCGAUCUUGGAGUCAAGUUAUCCGCUAUCAGAUACCGCUACCAGUCGCCCCAGACAGAUCGCCUUUGUUAACGAGAACGAAAUCUUCGUUUUGAGAGAGUCUGCGCCUAAUUCUACCGUCAUUGAAAAAACCCUGCUGGAGACUCGUGAUACCGAGGUUGUCCAUGAGGCAGUAGGUACCCGGUUCUCUUCGAUUUCUCCAGGAGUCGGUCACAGCUCUCUGUGGGUCUCCCACAAGGCAAACAAGGGUGCUACCUAUACGAGCAUCUCUCUCGACUCCGAGGGAUUACUUGAAGUUUCUCCCUGGGUCGAGAGCCCGAAUGUUGACACCCCUUGGGCCCGUGCCGUGUCAAUCUCGGAGGACGAGAAAGUACUUAUUUCAAUGUCACGAACAGGCACACUCUAUGCGAACAAGCGCGUGUUGGCAAAGAACUGCACCUCAUUCCUGACGACCCCCUCUCAUCUUCUUUUUACAACCUCCCAACAUCUGCUCAAGUUCGUCCACUUGAACCGCGUGGAUGAUAUGGAAGUCCCAGAAGAUACCCCAGAAACCGAUGAAAGAUGCCGGAGCAUUGAGCGAGGCUCGAAGCUGGUGUCAGUUAUUCCAUCAGUAUUCGCUGUUGUUCUGCAGGCACCUCGUGGAAACAUCGAAACAAUCUACCCACGUGCCUUGGUGCUGGCGGGUAUUCGAACAUUCAUCGACCAGAAGAAGUACCGAUCUGCCUUCCUGGCAUGUCGCAGCCAAAUGGUGGAUAUGAAUAUUCUCCACGACUACGCCCCUCAACAAUUUAUGCAGAGUGUUCAGCUAUUUAUCGAGCAAGUCAAGAAAGUUGACUUCAUUGAUGAUUUCCUUUCUCGUUUAAAGGAGGAGGAUGUCUCGCAAACACUGUACAAAGACACACUGAAGAUCUCCAAGAACGAGUCCGCGGUCGUUGCCCAGCCAGACGCUCCAGCUGUGGCUUCUGUACCAAAGACAAGCAAAGUCAGCAAGGUCAAUGCCAUCUGCGAUGCUUUCUUAGCGAUCCUUCAGAAUCGCAUGGACACUAAUCUGCAGAACCUGGUGACAGCACACGUGUGCAAGUCACCCCCUGACCUUGAAGCAGGAUUGGAACUGGUAGCUGGAUUACGAGUGAAAAGUCCAGAGCAGGCAGAUGAUGCUAUUGAGCAUAUGUGCUUCUUGACCGAUGCUUACCGACUAUACUCACAUGCUUUGGGUAUCUAUGACCUCGAGCUCACUCUUCUCGUGGCUCAACAGGCACAAAUGGAUCCCCGAGAAUAUCUCCCCUUCCUUCGAAAGCUGCAGCAAUUGCCCGAGACUCGACGGAAAUUCGAGAUCGACAACCACCUUUCUCGAUUUGAGAAGGCCUUGAAGCAUCUCUUUGCACUUGCUGCCCACGAUGAAAUUGAGGCAUACGUUACAAAACAUAUUCUCUAUAAGGAGGCCUUGGAAAUCUAUAAGUAUCAGCCAGAACAGCAGAGACAGAUCACUCGCCUUUAUGCCGAGUACCUAGAAGAAAACUCGAAGCCCAAGGAUGCAGCGAUUGCCUACGAAUCUCUCGCACAAUACGACGAAGCUCGCAAAUGCUAUAAGCGUGCUCACCUUUGGCGCGAGUCCUUGUACUGCGCGAUGAUGGCAUCUCUCCCCGAAGCCGAGCUUGCCUCUCAUACCACCGAACUGGCAGAUACCCUCGUCGACGAAGUUCGCGACUACAUUUCAGCAGCAACCAUUUACGCCGAACACCUGCAUGACAUUACUACCGCGGCCAAACUUCUCUGCCGCGGCUCGAAGUUUGCCGACGCAGCUCGCCUGCUCACUCUUCACGGGAAAAAGGAGAUGGUGGAAGAAAUAGUGGACUCCGGCCUAGCGGAAGCAAUGGGCUCUAUGACUGACCUGCUCGCCGACUGCAAAAACCAGCUCAACGCCCAAGUACCACGAGUCGCUGAACUGCGCAAGCUUCGCGCCGAAGACCCUCUCGCUUUCUACGGUGGUGACCCAACCGGCGGAGAAGGCGGCGUCGAUAUCCCAGAUAAUGUCUCGCUUGCCCCGACCGAGGCAUCGACACUGGCCGGUCGCACUAUGUUCACUCGGUAUACUAGCAAGACUGGACGGACGGGCUCUUCACGACAGACGUCCAAGAACCGCCGACGCGAGGAGCGCAAGCGUGCUAAGGGUCGGAAGGGCACUGUUUACGAGGAGGAGUACCUGGUCAACAGUAUCAGACGUCUUAUCGAACGGGUGAACACAACUAUACCCGAGGCCGAGCUGCUUGUCGAUGCGCUGCUACGACGUGGAAUGCGCGAGCGUGCUGCUGCUGUCGAGAAAGCGUUGGCGGACGUUAUGAAGAUGUGUGCGGAUUGCCGUGAUGAUGUUUUUGAGGUGCAGAAGGUUGAGGCUCCUAAGAACGAAGAAGCUGAGGAUGGGGCUUUUGAAGACUCUAAUCUUCCUCUCCGCGGUGGUCCGGCUGUGCUUGCGGAAAGUCUCGAUGCCCUUGAAGGCGGGGCGCGUGCCAAAGAACCCCCCUGCUCUAAAAGAUAUGAAGAAGUCUUCUCUUCUGGCUUGAGCUGGACUGAGUGGGCCUGUGUUUACAUGUUUAUGUCUAAAAAUGUCGUAUGA